AUGCCCUACUAUGUCAAGUUUAUGAAAGACAUACUUUCUAGGAAGGGACGAUUGGGAGAAUUUGAAAGAGUUGCACUCACUGAAUGGUGCACUGCUAUGCUGACAAAUAAAUUACAUCCAAAGUUGAAGGACCUAGAAAGCUUAACAAUACCUUGCUCAAUUGGUAACCAAUAUGUUGGGAACGCCCUGUGUGAUUUAAGAGAAAGCAUAAAUCUUCUGCCUAUGUCUGUGCCUAAAAAGCUGGGAAUUGGUGAAGCAAUACCCACCACUGUGACCUUGCAAUUAGCAGAUCGAUCAUAUGCGCACCUAGAAGGUAAAAUUAAGGAUGUCCCGGUAAGGGUAGAUAAAUUCAUUUUUCCUACUAAUUUCACUGUGUUAGACUGUGAAGCUGACAAAGAUGUGUUUAUUAUUCUAGGUAGAGCUUUUCUUGCAACAGGUAGGACUAUGAUUGACUUCCAAAAGGGCGAAUUAACUAUAAAGGUAAAUGAUGAACAAAUCACUUUUCAUGUUUUCCAGGCUCUAAAAUGUGUUGAUGGUAUAAAAGAGUGUCAUGCUGUCAGUUUGUUAGACUAUGUUGUGGAAGUGGAAUUUGGGAAAAAAAUACCAUCAAAAAGAGCAUAG